AUGGACCGAAACAACUAUCCCGGGUCCAAGCACCAGCAGUCGUCGGCGACCUCGAUGAACGCGACGUCGACCAACAAGAACCGCCAGUACGCUCACCUGCACGCGCAGCUCGCCCAGCUCAACGCGCACCUUGCCGACACGGAGAACCUGGUGAGGAUGACGGCCGUCCAGGCCCAAGACAUGCGGUUCCUGGGCGGGUACGUGGGUGCUUUGUUCAUGGGCAGCGCGAAGGUGCUGGGCGAAGAAAGUGUGCAGGGAGGACGAGGAAGGGAAAAGUGA